CUACCUGGCCCUGGGGAUGGAGCGUGUGCGGGGAGCUGGGACCGUACUGGUGGUACUGGUGGCGCUGGGAGCCCCCCCGGCUGCGGGCGAGGAGCUCUCGGGGGUGUUCCAGGACAUGGCAAAGCACGAGUGUCACUUCAUCAAUGGCACCGAGCGGGUGAGGUUCGUGGAGAGGCUCAUCUACAACCGGCAGCAGUACAUGCACUUUGACAGCGAUGUGGGGGUCUAUGUGGGGGACACCCCGUAUGGGGAGUUCCAGGCCAGGUACUGGAACAGAAUACAGGAAAGGCUGGACUACUUUCGGGCUCAGGUGGACACGUUCUGCCGACACAACUACGAGGUGUUCACCCCGUUCAGCGUGGAGAGGAGAGGUGAGCGAGGGGCAGAGCGGCAAGAUCCUGGUGGGGGUCGGGGGCUUCGUGUUGGGUUUGGUCUUCCUGGCUCUGGGGCUCGGCUUCUACCUGUGUCUCCA